GUUCGAAGUACCAUUAUUUUACAAUCGAUAAAAAAUACUGGUGUCUGCGGCGAACUGCCACAAUCGAUUGUUCAGUGAGCCGGGUACAUUGCUACGACGAGAACGUACGCUUUUCAUUUUUUUUUUUUUGUUUAUCACCCGCGGCCGUCGUAUUGCUCGUACUCACAUUCCUUUUAACUCGUUUGUAUUCGUUUCGUAUUCCGUCCAAUCCACUGCGGUUUCUUGUUAUACGCACAGCCGGUAGUUGAUUUCAGCUAACAUACGUACGUUAUAUCUACGUCUGUAUACACGCAUUAUUAUAUUAUUGUACGCCAUUGUACUAAAAUAUUCAUCAUCAGCAUACUGCAGAUCGUGUGAGUCGAUUAUUUUUCAUCUAUUUAUUUUAUUAAUUUUUUUUUUUUUUUAAAUUUAUAAUUUUUAUUGUAUAUAAAUAUAAUAAUUAAAUUAAAUACAAUAAUAGUUAUUGUUACGUUGUUUUUUUUUUUUUUUUUUUUUUUUUUUACACUAUUUUUGUUUCGAUAUAACUUGUUAAUCACUACUAAACGAUACAUGCUCGCUAUUUGGAUUAUUAGGUUCUGAGUCUAGCGAGAAAUGUGUUGGUUAUAGUUUUACUAUAUAUAUUAUGUCCGUAAACAGCUUUCAAAAUAGAAAUUUUGGUGAAAAUAUAAAAAUUCUUUUUUCCCCUUGUAACAGUGGCGGUUCGCAAUAUUUAAAUUUUGCGGUAUUAUUUGGAUAAUUUUAGCCCCCGCUCGAAGUGAAAUUAAAUUUUCUACUCAAGUUAAUGGAAAAAUAAUAAAAAACACAAUUUUAUACUUUUAAAUAUUAUCUACAACCAACCUAUAGAUCGAAAAUAAACAGAGACAAUAAGUCAUACAAACCCAUAAAAAUAAAGAUGACCAUAUUUACCCAUUUAUACUAUUUUGGUUUUUCGUCAUUUAAUGCUUGAAAUCGUUCUUACAUUAUUAGAUAACCAGUUGUUAUAAUAACGCGUUUUAGAUUCGAAGUGAAUAGCAAGGGAUCUAAUUAUUGGUUUUCUUAUGAUGAGUUUUUUUUUUCUCUGCCUGUGAAGAACUUUUCUACCUGACAUAUUGCUAUGAUGUAUAGAAUUUAAUAACUUUUCUGAAAGAAAAUUUUAUAUUUUUGAUGCGUUGGGAGAUCAUUUUUUUUUUGAUUUAUCAAGGGGUUUUCAAAAUAAUUGAAAAUACCGGAAACAAAAUUAUAGGUAAAAGGGUAAAUAUUUUAUCCGAUUUUAUGGUUUUUAAUUUUUUAACUACAUUUUAUACUAAAAAAAUUGCCUUGAUUAAAAAAUGUCCUAAGACCUUUUCUGAUGCAUUUUGAAUCUAAUUGCUAAUGAAGUAAAUCGUUUUUAGAUUUUUCAAAUAGUUUUUAUAAUUAUUGGGAAAACAGAAAAUGACAAAUAAUGAAAAACAAACAAAUUUAUGGAGUAUGAUUUCAUUACUUGAAAUUUUUACGCUCGACAUUUUUACCAAAAAUAUUGCUCCAAUUGAAAAAUGACAUGUUUGCCUCUUUUACAAAUUUCAUAACAUUUUUAAAAUAAUCUUGUGAACUUUAAGUUAUUUAUAGACAUUUGACAUUGUCCAUUUGUAUUAGAUUUUAUGUGGAUUUGGCCAAGUAGAAAUGUUUAAAACUUUUCACGAGAUUCAUUAUAAGUUGUGCGUAGUUUGUAAGUUUUUAUACGCGUUUUAAAAUCAAAUUUUAACGAAAAUUGUCAAAAAAAAAAAUGGUAUUUUAAAACGUGUUUAAUUAAAAUUCGCUAAGAAUCGUUUUUACUUAUUAAUGAUUUAUGGUUGCAUAUACAGAUUUAAUUUAAAUAACUUUAUGUAUCUUACCGUCCUAAAUCUCAGCCUGUACAUUUAUAAGCAGUAUCAGAUUUGAUUCAUAUACAGAGCAAUGAAUUUUUACGAUAUCUUAUGUUUUUUUAAAACAUUUAAGAAACAAGCUGCUCUUUAAUUUAACAUUUGUGUUAUUUUUUGUCAUCUUUAUUUUUAUGGGUAAAAUCAUUAAAUAAAUUUGAGUGUUGAAAUUUUUGAUGUCUGUGAAUCCAUUGACGAGAUAUUCCACUGUUAAGUUUGAGUUGGAGGAGAAUAGGGGUGUAUAAUUUGUGUGGCAUUACGCCACGCGGCGUGUUUAUAAUGAACCACAAGAUAAUGAGUUUAUAUGAUAAAUUGAUUAUCCCGUAUAUAUAAUAAACAUUAUAUUCUAUGUAAAAACCAAUUUCAUUAUGAAUGUCUAUACGGAAAUUCAUUGGUAAAUCAUUUCUAAUUUUCAAAAAUAGUAUCUAGUAUUUCGAAAAGAGGAAUACCAUUUGGAAACGGCUUUUCUUUGCAACAAUUCUUCGCGUUGCGUUUUAAAAUCUAUACUGAAUUGUCCUAGAUCAGGGUAUCUAUUAAGAUGGGAACACGGGCUCUUACAAGUAAUUUAUAAUAAAACUAAAAAACGGCAAAUUUGUCACUAAUAAUAGACUCGAAAAAAAUGAUAUAUUAUUAUCAUACCAAUGUACUCGUAAUAUUCUACAGUAUCAUACUGUCAUAUAAUCAAGUUCAAUUGAGUAAUUAAACGAAUAUUAAGUUUAUUUUUAUUUCAUUUAGUCCACACAUUUAGUCUACGACCGCGACAGUUUUCGAUCGUUGUGUGGAUUUGUUGAUUACAAAUAGAAGAAAUAAAACAUUGAUCAAAAAAUGGAUAGAUGGCAAGGAAAAGUAGCCAUAGUAACAGGCGCUUCUUCUGGUAUAGGCGAAGAAACUUGUAAACAAUUGGUUGAAAAGGGAAUGAUCGUCGUGGGAUUGGCGAGAAGAGAAGAUAAACUUCGGGUAAGUUUUUGAUAAAAAUCUGGUAACAAUAAUACUCGAUAUAGUAUAUAAUACAAUAUAUAUAUAUUAAAGUAUAUUAUUAUAACUUAUCAAAGUAUUAUUGUCUAAAUUACUCCAUAUACUUUAAGUGUAGAAAUUUGAGUUAAAAUAUUAAAUAUUUAGUACGUAUAUUUAAUAUUUAGUUUAGUGGAGGUUGUACCAAAAUAUUUUGUUUUUCACCUUUUAAUAUAUUUCAUUGUUAUAUUUAAGAAAAAUUGAACAUACCUAUACCUACGUACUUAUUUUACGUACUAAAAAAAGUAAAUAAAUAAAUAAAUAUAUUUCAGUGGUGGUUUCAGCGUACGUCUUGCCUGAACUAAAAUGUCUGUUGUUCACCUUUUAUAAUAGUUUAAUUUUGUGUUUAGGGAAAAUUAAAUUUAAAUAUUUCCUAAGUUUUUUUUUUUUAGUAUUUUUUCACCUCGAUAUUAGAUUCCAUUAGUGUACAGUAAUCUGUACUUUGUGAAUUUUUUAAAAGAAAUAAAUUAGGUGUACUAUAUAUUUUCUAUGUGUGUUUUAAAAAAAUAUAUAUAUUUUUAUUAACUGUAGGCGUGAGCUCUUCUAGCUUCUAGCUCUAAAAUAUAUGAAAAUAUGUACUAAAAUAAGCUUUUAACAAGUAUUUUUUUUACUGAAAUUGUAUACUAAAAACUUGAAAUAUAUCCAAUUUUUUUUUUAUUAUUAUUAUUUGUAUUUAAUUCUAGAUGAAACCUAACCCUAGUUAUAAGUAUAUUAUUUAUACCCGUACGAAACAUAAUUCCAUAAACUACCUCUGAUUUAGUUAUUAUAAAUAUAUUAAAAAAAAAAAAAAAAACAAUUUAAAAUUAACAACAAUAUUCUUAUGGUUUUUAUUGCACACAUUAAACCAUCAUUCAUGUUUUGUUAAUUGAAUUGUUUUAUAAAUUUAAUAUCAAUAAAUAAUGAAUAUCAAUUAGUUCUACACUUGUAUUAAAUAAAACAUAAGUAUAAUUAAGUAUAUUUAUAACUACACAGAAUAUAUGCUAGUGAUUGUAAAAAAAUGGUAAUUAGUAUAUUUUUAAAGCCUAAUAUUAUCUUUUAAUUAUUAUUAUCACUACAAUAACAAGUAAAUUUACUCAUAAUUUGUACGUUUCAGAAAUUAAUUUAUUUUAGAUUCUGAGUGAAGCGAGAAUGUACAGUUUUUAUAAUGACGUUUAUAAUUUUUUUUGUCUGUGAUCUGUGUCAAAUUUUGAUAAAAAUCGUAAUUAUUACAGCCUUUCAAUACAUGUAUAACCGAACUUUACUCAGAAUCGUUAUUCUUAAGCAAAGAUUAAUCGUUGCAUACUGAUAUUCUUUAAAUUCUCUUCUAUAUCCUACCUUCUCAACUUCUUACCUAACCAGGGGUCCACCUUUCGUAAGAAGUGUGUCUUUCUUUUUAUUUCUAUAAAUACAAGCUUUCAAUAUUAUGUUGAUACUUGUUUUUAGGAAUUAGAAAAUCAGUUAAAAGAAAAACAGGGCAAAUUUUACUAUGUCAAAGUCGAUUUAUGUUCCGAAGAAAACAUUCUCGAAGCUUUUGCUUGGGUAAAGAAAACAUUGAAAUCCGUUGAUGUUUUAAUAAACAACGCUGGAGUGCUAAAAUUAACCGAUUCAUUAGGUAAAUUAUUUGAGUUUAUUAAAAACACUGAAAUAAAUUAAUGAAGUUUAGUUUUAUUUUAUUAUAUUUUUGUUUCAGGAAAAACGAAUGACUGGAAAUUAUUGUUUGACACGAACGUCAUAGGGCUCAACAUUUGCUGUAGAGAAGCAAUUAACAUUAUGAAGGAGCUGAAAAUUAACGGUCACGUAGUCAACGUAAAUAGGUAUUGAAUGAAAAAUGUAUUAUUAAAUCUAGUUUUAUUUGCAUCUUAUGUAUUAUAAAAGUCGUGAUCCGUUCUUCUGGAAGCUUUUUGUUGGUUUAACAUGUUGAUCAUAUAUAAAAUCGGCUUUUUUUUAUUAUUACAUGUAAUAUCUAUCUUUGUUUAUUGUAUAUGAAGCUGAGGUAAUAAAUCCGGACGACGAGGUCUAUGCAGAUAGCUGUUCCGGUCGUUGUAGUUCCCUGUCUCGUACGUAUGUCAUCUAAUGGGAUUAAUUGCUUUAAAAAGUCCCUUUUUGCAUGAGUGAGAGUUUGCUUCGUUACACUUUUCAUAUGCGUAAUAUUACUAGCUCACAUGUUUAUAGUAUUGACCAAUCAUCAUAGAUUUUGAAUGUUUUCUUUUGAAAUUUUAUAAAAAAAAUAGACUUUGAAACUAUUCACCUUUUCAUAAUUAUUAAAAUGUCUAUAUAGUAUAACCGGUCAUCAGAUAAUUAACAACUUUCCAAAAAUUGACAUCUACGGUGCAACCAAAAACACUGUUACAACACUUACAGAAUAUUUGAGAAUAUUGAUGUCCAGAGAAAAAUUGCCUAUCCGAGUGACGGUAAUUUAUUAGUUUACUUUUAUUUGAUUUUUUUCUAACGAUUUUUUUUAACGUAGAUUUUUUUCUUUUUCAGAGUGUUAGUCCAGGCUUAGUCUUAACUGAUAUGGCUGCGCAAUUUGAUUUAAAAAUAACUAAUGAAAAUUCAAUAUUGAAACCCAUUGAUAUAGCUGAUGCUAUUUUAUACGCAUUGAGUGCUCCGCAACGUGUCAACGUAUGUAUAAAUUGUACUUUGAAAAUGUAAUUAGAUCCUACUUGAAUGAUAUCAAAAUGAUCCGAGAUUUUUGUUGUUAUCAUAUAAUUAUUUUUUACUGAACAACAAAACACUCAAGUUGUGUAAAUUCAAAAAUAUAAAUCAUAUGUAGGGAAUUUGUUGAAUUUUAAUAAGACAUCCAUAUUUUUUUCCGAGCUUUAUACUAUUUUUACUCUGAAUCGGUUUUCAAUAAGAUCGUUAACAUAAAAAUAAAAUAUAAAAUAAUUAGAAUAUUCUACAAUGAAGCAAAAUUAUCGAAAGUUUUAUAUACCGACCAGGUUAUUUUAUAUAAUUAUAUUUAAAAAAAUAAAAUAUUUUUUUAUAUUUUAUAGGUUUCUGAAAUCAUUAUACGGCCAUCGAUGGACGACGUUAAUUAGACAUUGAGAAUAAAAAUAUAAGGGAAAAAAGAAAAACAAUCAUGUAAAAUCUUGGUGUUAGUAAAACUAUAAAUGUUUUGUUUAAAAUUAUCAUGAUUAUUUAGUAAAUAAUGUUUAGUCUAUUAAUACAUUUAUUUUAUUGAUACCUUAAUUUUAAAUGCUUCACGUAAUUUUCGUCUAAUUUACAAUUGUAUACAAUUUUGAUUAUUCAAAUAACUAUAAGUAGCCGCAAUGAACAAAUAAAUAUCUAAUCACGUU